AUGUAUCAAGCAAGACCCCUCUCUAGGAACCUCUUUUUGUACACCUUCCUACAAAACCAUGGCCCAGGCUUCCUGGAUGACCAAGACUCGGGGCUUCCCGGCGUGACCAGCAUCUUGGAGUUCCACCCCAUCUCCCCCUACAGUGACAGUCCACACUACCUGGCCAUGCAGCUGGCCUCCAUUGCCGACGAGAUGGAGCUGAGGUUGCUGCUGCCCCAGUUCGUUGAGCCCUUCUGGAUGACCAUGUACAGCUUGUUUUUCCCCUACAGCCAUGUAGGGCUCAGGGAUGUUCUGAGAAGCUUUAUGGUUGCUUUCACCAACCUCAGGGAGAACCGAAGGCUCUGGAGCUUCCUGACUCUCAGGGACCGGGUGUCGCCCAGCCUGUGGCCCGAGCUGGCGCUGUCCCUGCUGGUGGUGGCGAUGCUCAGCUGGGGGUGCCGCCUCCACUGA